AUGUCUUACGCCGACGCUGCUGCCAAGGGCCCCAAGCAGUCGCCCGAAGAGGUAAGCGCGCCUCGCGCGCCCGAACUGGGCGGCAUCUACAAGGACGAGUCGGAGAGCACGGCCUCGUUGAUCGAUGUCGACUCCCCGCACGUCACUGCGGUCGAUGCCGACUUUCUCAAUCGGGAUGUCAAGACCGCCACUCAGGCGGAGCGCCUAGAGCGCGAGGCCGCCGAGCAGGAGAAGAAGCGCGCGGAGGAGGACUCCCGUAAGAAGGUCAAGGCUCGCAAGGCCAAGAGCAGCCUGGGCCCCAACUCGGACAACCCGGUCUACAUCGGCAACGCGGUUCUGUACACCCUCGUGGGCGCCGGUCUGGGCUUCGGUGCCUAUCACAAGCACGCGCAGGGCAAGCUCUCUUGGGAGACGAUCGGACUGUGGUCUGGGGCCGUGGGUGCCUUCGGUGUGGUGGACUAUUUCGUCAGCAAGUGGUUCCUGCAGAACAAGUAUCCUCCCACAUAA